UUUUAUUUUGACAUCAGCCGGAUACGAUUUGUGACGUCAGAGUUUGCGCAUGUCAACCUUACACGUGAGGAUACAGGACCUCAACUUGGUUGAACUAAUGUCGAAAGCUAAGCAAAAACGAGCCAAACGCAUCGGCUUUCUCGGUAAACUUAAGAUUAAAGAUGGACAAAAAGGUGAAGCUUCAAAGAAUCCACAGCAGCAUAUCAAAGACCAAAGAAACCCAGAAGAAGUCCGGAAACAAAGGCUUCAGGACCUCCAGGAAAAGCAGAAAAUCUCUAGAGAGAAAGAGCUGAUGAAGAGAAGAAAUUUACAAGGUUUCCACAAUGACAUCCUACAGCGACAAAGGCAGUUUGAGCAGAGGGAGACAGAGAUGCAGAGUUUGGAGAAGCAUGUUAAUUUCGAAAAUGAAAACUCAAGAAAGGCAUACUACAGAGAAUUUAAAAAAGUAGUGGACGCCUCAGAUGUGAUUUUGGAGAUUUUGGAUGCACGUGACCCUCUUGGCUGUAGAUGUCCUCAGGUGGAGCAGGCAGUCAUUCAAAGUGGAACCAACAAGAAAAUAGUUUUGGUGCUUAAUAAAAUUGAUUUGGUGUCAAAGGAAAUUGUGGAAAAAUGGAUUAAAUAUCUUCGUAAUGAGUUUCCUACAAUAGCUUUCAAAGCGUCUACACAACAACAGUCCAAGAACUUGAAACGCAGUAAUGUACCGGUGACACAAGCCACCACAGAGCUUCUGAGUACCAGUGCAUGCAUUGGUGCAGAUUGCUUGAUGAAGCUACUCGGCAACUACUGCCGAAAUCUAGACAUAAAGACAGCCAUCACUGUAGGUGUUGUAGGUUUUCCUAAUGUGGGAAAGAGUAGUUUGAUCAACAGUUUGAAACGAGCAAGAGCGUGUAAUGUUGGAGCCACUCCUGGUGUCACCAAGUGCCUUCAAGAGGUGCAUCUGGACAAACACAUUAAGCUCCUGGAUUGCCCUGGUAUUGUCAUGGCUACUUCCACGUCUGAUGCAGCCAUGAUUCUUCGGAAUUGUGUGAAAAUCGAACAGCUUGUAGAUCCCCUUCCACCUGUUGAAGCCAUUCUUCGACGCUGCAACAAAGCACAGAUCAUGGAGCACUAUGGAGUUUCUGACUUCCACACAGCUCUGGAGUUCCUUUCAAUGUUGGCUAAACGUCAGGGCAAACUAAGAAAGGGGGGACUGCCCGACACUGACAAAGCAGCUAAGAGUGUGCUAAUGGACUGGACAGGGGGGAGGAUCAGCUACUUCACACACCCUCCAGAGACACACACCCUCCCCACACACGUCAGUGCUGAGAUUGUGACAGAGAUGGGUAAAGCGUUUGACUGGGAUGUACUGGAAAAGGGAAAUCAGGAAGUUCUUGCAGAGUCAUCUUGUCCAGAUAUCCAAAUGGGAUUCUGCAUGGAAACCACAGGAAUGACAGAGGGUGGUCAGAGUGACCCAUCCUCUUACCUGGGAAUGGCAGAGACAGCCUCUGAAGAGCCAGAAUUUCAAGAUGAAACUGAAACUAUGGAGGAUGGUCAAGACCCAGAGUUUGGACCAAUGACUGUGGAAAUAAAGUCUCAGAAGACAAAGGCUGACUUUCCAGCGAAGGAUCCUGCAUCCAAGACUCCAGGUUUAAAGGAUAUAUUGAAUGUGGAUCCUCUGCAGCAGGGCCAAGCACUCCUAGCGGCUGGCAAGAAAAGGAAAAAACAACAGAAAAGAGCUGACAAAAUUGCCACCAAACUCUCUGAUACUUUGACAUCUGCAAUGGAUUUUUAAUUGUGAGAGCUGAAAUAAAAGGAACAUAAAAUAUUA